GGCUGCAGCUGGAGUCCAGAGCCCAAGAUGGAGCCCCAGCUGGGGCCUGAGGCUGCCGCCCUCCGCCCCGGCUGGCUGGCCCUGCUGCUGUGGGUCUCAGCCCUGAGCUGUUCUUCCUCCUUGCCAGCUUCUUCCCCUUCUUCUCUGGUGUCCCAAGUCAGAACCAGCUACAAUUUUGGAAGGACUUUCCUCGGUCUUGAUAAAUGCAAUGCCUGCAUCGGGACAUCUAUUUGCAAGAAGUUCUUUAAAGAAGAAAUAAGGUCUGACAACUGGCUGGCUUCCCACCUCAGACUGCCUCCCGACUUCGUGCUUUCUUAUCCUGCAAAUUACUCAGAUGAUUCCAAAAUCUGGCGCCCUGUGGAGAUCUUUAGACUGGUCAGCAAAUAUCAAAACGAGAUCUCAGACAGGAGAAUCUGUGCCUCUGCAUCAGCCCCAAAGACCUGCAGCAUUGAGCGUGUCCUGCGGAAAACAGAGAGGUUCCAGAAAUGGCUGCAGGCCAAGCGCCUCACGCCAGACCUGGUGCAGUCUGCACUCUAUGAAUUUAUUGACACUGAAUGGGAACAGAAAAAAACGGAAGAAGUCACGCUGUCCCCAGGCUGGGGAGGUGUUGGCAGCCAAGAAGCCACCAGAGCAGGAGAGAAUAAAGACAUUUUUAGCUGCCUGGUUUCCGGCUGCCAGGUCCAGCUGCCCUCCUGCGAAAGUGUCUCUGAGAAGCAGAGCCUGGUGCUGGUGUGUCAGAAGUUGCUGCCUCGACUUCUCCAGGGGAGGUUCCCCUCACCAGUGCAAGACGACAUAGACUCCGCUCUUGCUCAGUGUGGGGACAGCACCCGCCCAGACCCAGAAGUCCUUGGGGCCGCCAGCUGGCUGAAAGACAUCUUGAGGCCCCUGAGAACCUGUGACUCUAGAUUUGCCUAUCGUUACCCAGAUUGCAAAUAUAAUGAUAAAUUCUGAAGGGCUGGUGUCUAGCUGGCCUUGGGGACAACACGCUUGGCUCUCCAUUCCCCCAGUCGGGUUGCUGCAAGGUUGAAAGAAGCAGCACUUUUUUAAAGAUGAGAAGAAAGGCACAUUCAUUUCUCAGGGACUGAGAGGGGAGUUGUGAGAUACCAUGUGGCUGUCUCUGCUGACUGGGACAUCCUGGCAAAGCCCGGGGUGGGCAUCAGAAGAACUGGGUAUGGAUGCUCACUCAAUGUCUUUGAGCCUCAGUUUCCUCUAUUCUCCACCAGACUCUCCUGAGUGUGAAAGAAGACAGAGAUGGAACCACCAUUGAGCGUAUAUCCCAAGCAUGGGUCUUGGGACACAUGCUCACCACCUCCAUCCCAGGUGGUUACAAAGUGUGUUCUGGAAAAGCACAGAGGCGGGGAGCAUGAGAAAGAACCAUGGAGAUCAGGAGGCUGGAGUCGAGGGAAGGCAGGGGAAAGACAGGCCCCCUGCCGCCGCUACCACUUUAGACUCAGACAAGAGGGGCCCCCUUCCUGCUCCCUAUGGCCCUGCCUCACUCCCCACACCAUCACAGGAUGAGGAGACUGCAGGCCAAGGGGACAUGCCUGCCACCGCCUACAGCCUGGUACCUGAGGCUCCAUACACCUGUGCAUGGAGCUUCUCGUGGUGUGGGAAGAAGCCAGGGGUAAGAAGAUAAGGGGGGGCCAGUGGGGGACCAAUGUGUUAGCCCAAGUCCUCCAAGAAUAGGUGUCAAGAUAGAGUGAACGGGACAAAGAUUUGUUAGGGGCAGUGCUUGUGUGAAAGGAAAGGAGGAGGGAGCCGGAGAAGACUGGGAGGACCGUUAAGUUGAGCUGCAAGUUGAGCUCCAGUGAAGGAGAGAAGGCCCGGCAGGAGUUUGCUAAGCUCAAAAUCGAAGAAAGGUUCAGUAAGACUGUCAGGGUGUCCUCAAGGCAAAGGCAACCAUCAGAGGAGCCCUGUGUCUCCCACAAAUAGACCCCGUUAGCAUCCCUGCUGCACUCAGUGGUUGGCGGAAACAGCAAAGAUAGAUUUCAGAGCACUGCAGCAGGGGCCCCUGGUCAGCCCCGCUCCCUAGAGCAGGAGAUCUGCAGUGGGAGAACAUUCUUUUUGUAGCCACAGCUGAGGCCCUGGACCAGCUCUCUCCAUACCACAUGCUCCAAGUUGGGACUCUAGGGAGUCUAGGAAUUUUCCUUCAAACUUGACCUUACAGGUCACUCAUCAGAAAAAUAUUUUUUUCAAGGUCAAUCAAUAGAACAUACUUUAUUCAACAGUUUGUUUGUUUGCUUUUGAAAUAUUUAGCCACAUGGUAUGUAGGCUUCCAUGUACUCUCUUGCCCUGGCCCCUGAAACAUAAGCAGGGGGCUCUUCUGUACCUUUGCCCAGCCUCCCUGCCAGCCUUUAACCCCAGGAACCUCUCAGUCUACCUCCUCUUUUACCUCAGAUUCAGGUAUCUGAAUCCCCUCCUUUAAAGUCAAAACAGGCUGGGCGCGGUGGCUCACACCUGUAAUCCCAGCACUUUGGGAGGCUGAGGCAGGUGGAUCACUUGAGGUCAGGAGUUCAAGACCAGCCUGGCCAACAUGGUGAACUCCCAUCUCUACUAAAAAAUACAAAAAUUAGCCAAGUGUGGUGGUGUGUGCCUGUAAUUUCAGCUACUCGGGAGGCUGAGGCAGGAUAAUCGCUUGAACCCAGGAGGCAGAGGUUGCUGUCAGCCAAGAUCACACCACCGUACUCCAGCCUGGAUGACAGAGCAAGACUCUGUCUCAAAAUAAACAAACAAAAAUAAAGUCAGAAGACCUGGCUUAACAGGCCUCACUGUGCAGAUAAGGAAACUGAGGCCCAGGGAGGAAGAGUGAUCUGUGGAGAUACUUCCAGAACCCCUGCAAGCUGAGCCCCAGUGAAGGAGAGAAGGUCUGGCAGGAGCUUACUAAGCUCAAAAUCGAAGAAAGGUUCAGCAAGCCUGUCAGGGUGUCCUCAAGGCAAAGGCAGCCAUCAGAGGAGCCCUGUUGCUAUUAGGAGGCUCCUGUUGCCCUCCCCUUCGGCCUUCGACUUUCACCUGUGCUACCCAAUUCUGGUCCCUUCACUCCCAUUCAAAAAUGGACUCCAGAAAAGCUUUAUUUUGUGGAGUACCUGGUUCCCUUUUGGGUUUGUCUCUUGACUGCUACAGGCACUGCCCCAGGGCAACCACGAGAGUGAGGAUGACUGGCCAAGCUUGUGGACUGGCCAGCAAGCUUAGGCUGCCUGAGACGCUUUGAAAUGGCUGCCUUCUGGCUUGGUCUGGAGGAGGAAGACUGACCACCCUUUUCACCUGCACAGCCGCCGUCCCUCUCCUGCUGGCCCGACUGCAGCUGUCCUCCCAGCUGGCCCCCUGACCAGAGACCAGGAGAGAGGCCACAACCUCCAAAUCCUCCAGAGUCCCAUGGAGGAAGAAGGCUUACCAUACAGACCCUCUGAUGCACGAGCCAGGCCCCAACCCUUCUCCCUGCAUCCAGCUGUGUUUCCACCGCAAAAUGCCUCCACACAAUGAGUGACUUUGGCCCUGUGCGGGCCAGUGCGUGGUCCGAGGUAACCCUCGAAUCCCUCCUACACAUCUGUCCACCCGCACGGAUUCAAGGUGAGCACUUGCCCCCUUCUCUCCUCCAGACCAGUCGCCUGAAACUCGGAGCAACAUUCCUUCGAAGCCAUCAUGUAACCCUUGGUGCUGCUGAGUCCAGACAAGAAAUGCAGACCUGGGACCCAUCUGUAUCAGCAGAAAGAGACCUUGUGCCCCACUUGUCUGAGUCCCAGGAUGGAGUAAAUGAGAAAACUGGCGAGCUGUCCCCUGAGGAGCUGUUGGGAGAUUGGUUUUUAGUAUAAAUUACAAUAAAAUCCUGUGUAUGUGUACGGCUGUGUUCACAUCCACAGUGUAAGCUGUGAUAUGGUUUGGAUGUUUGUCCCCUCCAAAUCUCAGGUUGAAAUGUGAUCCCCAGCGUUGGAGGUGGGGCCUGGUGGGAGGUGAUUGGGUGAUGAGAGAAGUUGCCUCGUGAAUGACUUGGUGACCUCCCGGAGGUGAUGAGUGAGUUCUCCCUGAGCUCACUCAAGAUCUGGUUGUUUAAAAGAGUGUGGCACCUCCCUCCCCCACCUCUCCCUCCCUCUCACGUCCGCUCUCACCAUGUGACACGCCUGCUCCCCCUUCGCCUUCCACCAUGAUUGGAAGCUUCCUGAGGCCCUUACCAGAAGCAGAUGCCAGCCCCACACUUCCUGUACUGCCUGCAGAACCAUAAACCAAAAUAAAGCUCUUUUCUUUAUCAAUUA